AUGGCGUCCAGCUCGCGGGUAACGCGGGAGAAGCUAGAAGCGAUGAUAGCGGCGCUGCAGCUGGGAGAAGACGGCAAGAACGAGAUCAGAGCCAUAGCCGAUGGUACAUGUGGACCAGCUGUCACGCUUGGUUUCGUGUCUCUGGACAGCCAGGGAGCAACUGUUAUCGCCCACGCGCUCAGGCAAAACACAUGCGUCAAGCUAUUAGGUCUGGGCCACAACUGCAUUGGACCUGAUGGUGCUAAGGCCUUGGCUAACAUGCUUGCAAGCAACAAGACCAUCACGAUCCUUCGGUUGCAAAGCAAUCGCAUUGGCAAUGAAGGCGCCAUAGCUUUGGCAGACGUGUUGUGCCGCAACAAGAGCGUCACGGAGCUUCGACUGCACCAUAACAACAUCGGCCUUGCUGGCGCUGAGGCACUGGCGAAUAUGUUGCGCACGAACGCAACCAUCACACACGUCUCGUUGUUCGCCAACUCCAUUGGCCACAAGGGUGCUCAAGCUCUGGCCGAAAUGCUGAAAGAUUCAACAACUCUCACCCACCUCAAGCUGGGGGAGAAUGCCAUUGGUGAUGCUGGUGUUGAGGCAUUGGCAAAGGCACUUGAGACGGACAACUCUACGCUGCAAGUGUUAUGGCUCAAUUGCAACGGACUCAGUGAUUCAUCAGCGGUCGCACUGGCCAACAUGCUCCGACGCAACAAGGCAGUGACGACGCUUGGCUUGGACAUCAACACCAUCACGCCUGGUGGCGGUGCAGAGCUGGGCGCUUCUCUUCAUGAAAACCACUCACUCAGAGUGCUCACGUUGAGCCACAACUCGACUGCCACUGCUCGCGCUUUCGGGGCUGCCGUGCCCGUUCAUCGUGAAAUCUGGACAGGCAAAUGGGAAAAAGACCCUGAGGGGCAAGUGGCAUUUAACGAAGGACGCGAAGUUAACAGGCAGCAGCAGCAGCAGCUCUUCGAUGCCUGCAAGCACGGAAAUGUCCAGCUCGUGACGUCGCUCAUUAAUGAAGACCACGUUCGCCUCGACCAACAAAAUGAAGAGGGCGACACACCGCUCCAUCUUGCAUAUCGACACAACCAGCAAGCCAUUGUGUCCCUGCUUCGGAAAUGUCGUGUCGAUGAAACCAUCAAGAACGGCAAGGGUGAGCUUCCGCAUGACGCGGCUUUUCCGCCAGCUGAGGACACACCGAUGACCCAACGUGAUCCCCAACAUCAGGCGCAGCGUGAGGCCGACGUGAUGGCGGCGAUGCACCAAAUCGCACUGCACUCAGAUACACAGAUGGCAGGCCGUGCCAAGUUGAUGCUGGUUGGCCAGGGCCGUGCAGGCAAAACCACCACUCUCAACUCCCUCAUGGGGGCUGCCUUCAACAGGGACGAGCACUCCACCUUUGGCGCUGAAACCACAGACCUGUCUGUCAUCGUGGAGUCCAUGGACGUCUGCGACUGGAAGCGCGUUCGGAGUGAUUUGAGCGAGUACAUGCGUACUCUCCGAGACGCGGGCCUGGCAAAGACCACUGGAAUGGACGUGGCCAUGAGAGUGGCGAUGAUGAAAGCAGUGAAGGAGCGUGAGCAGCGCGUCCACCAGCAACAGCAGCAACAACAGCAGCAGCAACAAGGCGUGGAACACGUGAGCAGUGAUGAGGAAGAGCGCGAGGACGAGGAAGAGGACGAAGUACUGAGGGAACCCGAGGAAGCCACGGCAGUUCACGAGGCAGAGAAGCGAGACACUUGUCGCUCAAAGCAGCCAGCAAGAGCAAGACGCCCCAACAAGCGGCGAUCGUGGUCCAAUUCCUCUGUUCCCUCAAGUCGAAGACGAGACAUGAAGCAUCGUCGCAACUACAGCACAUCAACAAUGCCCAGUCAAUCCGUCGUCCCUUCAGAGGAGAUGGAGAAAGCCAUCAAAGACCUUCACCUUGACGUGACAAUGGGCGAGGGCAAGGCACGCGUCACGUUUAAGGUGUUUGACCUGGGCGGCCAGUCCACCUUCUACAUCUUCCACCCCUUUUUCCUCACAGAGAAUGCGGUCUACCUCCUGGUGUUCUCCAUGGAAGAUCUGCUGCACCCCAACCCCAGCAAGCGGGCCGAGGCGUGGGAGUUUAUUAACUACUGGCUCUCCUCCCUGCACCUCCACGCCAAGGGCGCACCGGUGCUCAUGGUCGGCACCUUUGCUGAUAACGUGACAUCGAAUAAGCUGCAAGAAGGCAUCUCCCCAGAGCUGUACAGACGCUUCCGCUGCCAUCCCGCCUUCCCUUCCGUUGUGCGCAACGACAAGCACGGCCUGUGGUUCUGGCCCGUGGACAACACCAAGUCCAUCAACGACCCCAUGAUCCAGGACCUGCGCCAGACCAUCUCCACCACAGCAUUGAAGCAGCCGUUUGUGAAUCAGGAUGUGCCAGUGGCGUACAUCAAGGUGUACGACGAGCUCAUGGCCACGUACAAAGAGCAGGGCAGAGAUCUGAUGGCCAUGGAUGAAGUUGAAGCCAUCACACGCAAGCAUGGCCUGAUCACCAAGCAUGACGCGAGGAUGUGCAUGCAGUACCUUGGUCUCUAUUCGCUAGUGCUGUACUUCCACGACAUUGGCGACAUGCACAAUUUUGUGAUUCUCAGCCCACAGUGGGCGGUGGACAUGAUGGCACGUGUCAUCCGCAACUUUGACUUGCACCGCGGCGCACAUGACCAAGAAGCAGUCAAGGUUGGCGCGCACCUGUGGGACGACCUCGUUCAGCGUGGUAUCCUGCAUCGCCGUGUCCUCGACGUGCUGUGGCAGGACAUGCGAGCUGACAUGGUCGAGCCGUUUCUUCGCUUGAUGAUCGAGUAUGGACUGUGUGUGGAGUGUGAAGAUGCCCGGCCUCUGGCGGACUGCACCAAGAGCCCUCACGGUACACAGAAACAGCCCAAGCACCAGCAAUCGCGAAAGUUCCUGAUUCCAGCCAUCUUACCGAUGCGGUUGGACACGCCACCAAACGAUUUUGGUUCGUCUGUGACGCUGAGUGCGACGGCAGCAAAACUUGCCCACCCGUACGCUGGGUAUGAGGCCAACACUGUCUACCUCAGCUUCUUCUUGAAUGGUGAUCACGUGACACGAACAGCACGCAUGACGGUCGACGCAAUCCGGCACAAGUCCUUCUUACCGGAGGGCAUCUUCACUUUGCUUCUGGCGCACAUCCUGGGCCGCAUUGGGCAUGACUGCUCGUACUCGCAAGAACCCAAACUGAGCCGCACCCACGCCAUCAUCGACAUCGGCACGGCAUCCAGAGUGGAGCUUCAGCUUGUUCCUGCCGUUGGUGGAAUCAAGAUCCACGUUGAGGGGCCGCAGCCACACGAGCUUGUCAAGCAGCUGUCUGCGAUGAUCAGCGUUGCUAUGCCGGAGCGCUAUCACCGUGACCUCCAGACGUACCUUCUGCUUCCCUUCGACCACACCUCCCUGCUUUCUUUCGACAGCGCAGCUCAGUGCCGCACGGAACGCAUGCGUCUUGGGGACGAUUUUGUUUCAAUAAGCGAGAUCACCGACAAGUUCGGAUCUCUGCUGCCACCCAGACCUUGGAACUCUGCACCGCCUGCGACCUUGGCAGGGGCAGACACGAUCAGGCGUGUGAAAGCCGUGACAUCGGAAGCACUCGGACCGCCUCCAUAUGCGCGACAGGAGGAAGAAGAUGAAGAGGAAGAGGAAUACUUUGAUCAAACGCUGACAGCUUGGCUGAAACAGUUACGACUGUUGCCACGAGUUCGCGAAGCGUUGAAUCACCACGGCAUCAAGAGCCUUGCGACGCUGGUGACAAUGGUGCAACGAGGCAAAUUCACGGCCGCCACUCUCGAAGCCAGUGGUGUGGCGCCCGCGCACGCCAUCGAGCUGAUCUCGCAAGCGCGGACUUUCGGUGGCCCUCAAGCCUGA